AUGGCUAUAGAAUCAUCCUGUACAUGGAUUGGUAUUUUAAUUAUAUUAAUUGGUUCAAUAGGUAAUUGGUUAUGUAUAUGUGUAUUUUUUCGAAAACGUUUUCGUUCUUCUAUAUUAACACCAUUUUUUAUUGCUUUAUUGAUUGCGGAUUGUAUUUAUUUUACAUUUCGUGUUAUUAAAUUAUUAUACUAUCAACAAACAUUAUUUCACAAUUUUAUUUCUGUAUCAUCUUGUUCACAAACUUUUUUACUACGAAUUUAUGGACAUCUUACACAAUAUGCACCACAAAUAUUUAUACCAUUAUGUCAUUAUGAAUUUUACAUACGAUUUUCACUUUUACUUAUGUCAUUCUUAGCUACACAACGUGCUUAUGAUAUGUUUCAUUCAUCAUAUAGAAUGAUACCACGAAAUUCUUUACCAAGAUCUUUUUCAUAUUUACUUAUUCUAUGUGCAUUUAUACUUGCAUAUUUAUUUGAAUUUCUUGGUUUAAAUAUUUUUUGUUCAUCUGAACUUAGUUCAAAGAUUGCUUAUCAAUGGUAUAAUUAUAUGUAUACCAAUCUUUCAAAUGAAACAUCGCAAUUAAUUAUAUUUAUGAAAAAUCAAACAAAUAAUCAAAGUGAAAUCGAUUGUAUUAUUGAUAAUACAAUAAGUUGUCCACGUGAACAAAUAGUUCAGCAUUAUUUUGAUAUGCAUGAACGUCAAAUUGUUUCUCUUAUACAAAAAAUUCAAUUAUAUACAACCGGUGCAAAAAUGGCACGUAAUGAACUUCGUUUAAAAUAUCAUUAUCAUACAUGUCCAAUACGUUUUGAACCAAAUUUUUUUUUACAAAUUUAUAAUCUUCUUUAUUCACGUAAACUUGGUCUUAAUCGAUAUACAAUCAUACUCGUUGCUGGAAGUAUAAUUCCAUCUAUGGUAACAAUACUUGCUAAUGCAGUAUCUCUUCGAUGGAUAAUAACUAUUCGAAGUUCAUUCAAUCAACAAUCACGAUUAUCACGUCAUCGAACAGAUGAAACUCGUCGAGUUAUUAUUAUAAUAACAACUGAAUGUAUUUUAGCUAUUAUAAGUUCAUGGUUUAUUGAUAUAAUAUUAAGUAUUAAAUAUUGUGGUCGUUCAGUUGUAAUUGGUGAUGAUUGUCCAUAUUUUUUACGUCAUUCUCAUGCAUUAAUAGCUCUUAGUGAUUUACUCAAUUCAAUGUCAAACAUAGUUCUUUAUUCAUUUGCUGGUCGAAGAUUUCGUCAUGAAUUAAAACGUAUGCUUAAAGCAUGGACUCUAGCUGUAAAGAAACGUAUACCAUGUUAUUGUCGUAUUGAAUGGAACAGAUCAAAUCAAUUAGCAAGAAAUUAUGAUGAUGAACAUGAUAUUGGUCAAUCUCAAUCAUCAACUAAGCCCUCAAAACCUGCCAAAUAUCCGUAUGAACACAAACAUGAAUAUAUUAAAUUGCGAGUUAUUACUUAUCCAACUUCUGUUGCUUAA